GUUCAGUUCAGUCAGUUCGAGUAUAUUGUUCGUGUCGUGCGUUUGUACUUUUUUCAGUUAGCGAAUGUGAAAAAAGUAAGCAAAACCAAGCAACCAACAACAAAAACCAAAAGAAAAAAAUUUAGAAGGCAUUCAACAAAUCUUUAUGCCCUGUCGUCUUCUUGAAUUUAUUGAAAACAAACGCUGCAAAAAAAUAUUUAACAAAAACGAAAUUAAAAAAACGACGCGUCUAAGAAAUUGAAAAAAAAAAUAGAAAUCUAAAGAAGUGUCAAAUACCCAUUCUUUGAGAUUGUUGUGUUGAUUUUCACAACAAAAAUGCCUAGCUAGUGUUUUGUGUGGAUUUCCUCCCAAUCUAUUGCAUGAAGAAAAACGGAAAUCUAUCAUUAACAACAACAAGAAGAAGAAAAAUAAUAAUCAAAAAUUGUUUAAUUGUUACAGGCAAACAAAAAAAUAAAUUGUGUGGGAAAUUUGCUUGAAGCUUAAAAGAAAAACCCAAGCCAAAUCAAAAUAAAUGCGAGUGAACUAAAGAAUAGAAAAUUCAUCAGCAACAACCACGUACAGCAACAACAAAAAAUCUACACAAGAUUUCAACUUUAAUUUUUUUCUUUAACAAAAAAAGGUAAAUAAUUGAAAUUCCAACACAUUAUCGAUACAAAACUCCUAUGCCUGUUUAGUAUUCAUUUUGUCAUUCCCGUCAGCAUUUAUUUACGAACCAAAUAAAAAAUUAAAAAAAAAACAAUUCUCAACAACUGCAAGAUUACUCAUCGAUCCCUCCCAUAAUCUAAUUCAUAUAUCUAUGACCAAUUGUCCGAAUCAUUUCAAAUCGUAAAACGUCACGUCUGAAACGGAAUCAACAACAAUAAUAAAUUAGAAAACAAAACGAAGUAAAAACAACUGAAAAUGCCGGCGGAUACCAAGACAGCAAAUGCCGCCGAUGCGGAUACCACACCCACAAAGGGUAAGAAGUCCAGUAAUUCCAAGGCCGCCUUGGCCCGUGUUACCCUGCUGGAUGGCAGCAUCCUCGAUGUGACCAUUGAUCGCAAAGCCAAAGGCCGUGACCUGCUCAACUCGAUUUGUGCCGGUCUGAACAUUGUGGAAAAGGAUUACUUCGGCCUGACCUAUGAAACCCCCACAGAUCCAAGAAAUUGGUUGGAUUUGGAUAAACCUGUAUCGAAAUUCUUUGGUACCGAUCCAUGGUCUUUGCAAUUUGCAGUGAAAUUUUAUCCUCCUGAACCAUCACAGCUGCAGGAGGACAUAACCCGUUACCAUUUGUGUCUGCAGGUGCGCAAUGACAUUUUGGAGGGGCGUCUGCCAUGUACCUUUGUUACACAUGCCCUGCUCGGCUCGUAUUUGGUGCAAUCGGAAAUGGGUGAUUACGAUGCCAAGGAAAUGCCCGAUCGUAGCUAUUUGAAGGAUUUUAAAAUUGCCCCCAAUCAGACCAUUGAAUUGGAGGAUAAGGUCAUGGAUUUGCAUAAGACGCACAGAGGUCAACCCCCAGCUGAAGCUGAACUUCAUUACCUGGAAAAUGCCAAGAAAUUGGCCAUGUAUGGUGUGGAUUUACAUCCGGCCAAGGAUUCUGAAGGUGUGGACAUUAUGUUGGGCGUUUGUGCCUCCGGCCUGUUGGUAUACAGAGACAAAUUGCGCAUCAAUCGUUUUGCCUGGCCUAAGAUUUUGAAAAUCUCCUAUAAACGUCAUCAUUUCUACAUUAAAAUACGUCCUGGCGAGUUUGAACAACAUGAGGUGACCAUUGGCUUCAAGUUGGCCAAUCAUCGGGCCGCCAAGAAGCUGUGGAAAUCAUGUGUGGAACAUCACACCUUCUUCCGUCUGAUGACCCCUGAGCCACCAAACAAAUCAAGUUUGUUCCCCAGAUUUGGUUCGAAAUAUCGUUACUCGGGUCGCACUAUGUAUGAGAGUCGCAAGAAUCCAGUGGAUCGUGAUGCUCCCAAGUUUGAUAGGAGUUUGUCGGGUCGCCGCUUGACCUCGCGGUCAAUGGAUGCUUUGGCCCUGGCCGAAAAGGAGAAGGAUGCCCAGAAACGUCACACCAUGGGCCAUCCCCCAGAGCACAUACCCGAUUUGGAUUCGCCACGCAGUCGCAGUCCCUUGAAGAAGGACAAAAAGGAUAAGUUGAUACGUGAAUCUAGCACUGGUACUGCUUCGGCUUCUUCGCAGAGUUCCCUUGAAGGCGAUUACGAGACAAAUACCGGUGCUGCGGCCGAUGCUGCCUCAGCAGCAGCCGCCUUUGUGGGCCAUGAUCAGGCUGCCGCUGAAGCUGAAAAGGAAGCUAAAUUGCGUGAAAAGAAACAGAAGGAACAAGAGGAAAAGGAACGCAAGGAACGUGAAAAGAAGGAGAAGGAAGCCAAGGAGAAGGCUGCCAAGGAAAAGGCUGCCAAGGAGAAGGCUGAAAAGGCUGCCGCAGCAGGGGCUGGCAUGAAUGGCAAUGAUGAUUUGGAUGAUUCCCAGAGAUCUGGCAAGCAAAGGGGAGGUGGUUUAUUCUCUUCGGGUCGCAAGAGCAAGAGUGGUUCACCAGGCAAGGAUGGCAAAGAUAAGGCUGGCAAGGAUAAGGAUGGCAAAGAUAAAUCCGGCAAGGAUAAGGAUGGUAAAGACAAGAAAUUGGGUCAAUUGGAAUUGGUUAGCACAACUGGAGUGGGUUCUGGUGCCGAUGGCACUGGUAAGGAUCAGGGAGAUAAAUCACGUGAUUCCAAAUCACAAGGUUUCACCAAACCCUAUGAAUACACCGAUGGUGAUGGUGAGACAAGUCCCACACGUAAAUCCUAUGUACCCGGUGGUUUCCGUUAUGAUCAAGAUCCAAGUGGCGCCCAACGUGGCCGUGAUGGUCAAGAUCAAUUGUCGCCAACAUCACAACAAAAGAAAAUCGGUUUGGCAUUCAAUUAUGCCCCCGGAAAUGAAGAGGAUUUGAAGAAACAGGCCGAAAAAUUGAAAUCUGGCCAGUUGUCGCCACGUACCCGUGACAAGUUGAACAAGGGCCAAUUGUCGCCACGCACAAAGGCCAAGUUGCUGAAGGAGGCCAAUUUGUCGCCAACCACAAGAGCUAAAUUGCAAGGUAGUGCCGUGGAUGCUGCUGCCCAGCCAUUGAGUGAUGCCCAAAAGAGAUCCUAUUCGCCAUCGAAGAGUCCCACACAGGGUUAUACUUCCGGGGCUCCGGGUAGUUAUAAGCCCUUGGUGGAUCCCACAUUGGCCUUCUUGGAAUCGGAAAGAUAUAAUAAGGAACCAGGUUAUACAGGUCCCGAUGGUAAGGGUGUGGGAGCUGGAGCUGGAGCCGGUGCUGCUGGUGCUGGCGCUCUUGCAGGUGCUGGUAAGGAUGGUGCCGGCAAGGAUGCCGCCGGUAAAGAUGGACGUGCUGGCACAGCUUCUCCCAAAGCUGGCAAAUCACCCACCACCCCUGUUUCUCCCACAAAGGCUGGUGCUGGUUUGGCAGGAGCUGCCGGCGCUGCUGGUGCUGCUGCUGGUAAACCCAAAAAGAAGCGUGUCAAGAUUAUGGUCAUCACCUCCAAAUUUGAUCCCAGCAACAAGAGAAUCGAUGCCGAAACUGGCACUGUGGAUCAUUCCACUGGCAUUUUGGACCCCACCACCGGAUUGAUUGAUACCAAAUAUGGUGUUAUCGAUCCCAAGAAGGGUACCCUGCAGGCUUUGAAUACCAAAACCGGCAAGAACGAAAUCUAUCAGGGAGAGGUUGAUCCCAAGACCGGCAAUUUGCAUUUGGUCCAAGGUGUGGCUGAUCCUGCCACAGGCCGUGUCGAUGAGACUUUGGGUCAGAUCUUUGCCAUUACCCCACAAGAUGAUCCCGUUGUGGAAUUGACCGUCAUUACCAGCCGCAUUGAUCCUGCCACCGGCAAAGUGGAUGCCGUCAAUGGUGAGGUGGAACGUUCCUUGGGUGUUUUGAACAUGGAUUCCGGAUUGUUGGAUACCAAAUAUGGUGAAAUUAAUACCAGAACUGGAGAAUUGAAGACCAUCGAUCCCAAGACCGGUAAAAUGGUGGUGUCCAAGAAUUUGAAGGUCGAUCCCGGCACUGGACAAAUCACAAUUUUCGGUGUCAUGGAUCCCAAGACCGGAAAGAUCGAUCAAACCCAAGGUCGUAUUAUUGAGGUGGGACAACAAAUCGAUCCCAUUGUUGAGGUUACCUCCUUGGCUGGCAAAUAUGAUUCCAAGAAGAAUGUCAUUGAUCCCAAGACCGCCUUUGUGGAAACAUCCGGUGGCCAAUUCGAUCCCAAGGCUGGCAAGAUUGAUACCAAAUAUGGACAAAUUGAUUUGGUCCGACACACCAUUACCUUCACCGAUCCCAAGUCGGGUAAAACUGUUACCCGCGACAUUAAAAUCGAUCCCACCACAGGACAAAUUGUGCUCAAGAAUCAAAUCAAUCCCAAGAACAACAAACCCGACAAAGAUUAUGCCCGCAUAAUUUCGCUGCGCAUUGUCCAGCAACGUGUUGAUCCCAAGACCAAGGCACCCAUUAGCCAGGUUAGCUCGGCCAAGGACAAGGAUAUCAUUAUUGAUCCCAAAUCCAAUCAAAUUUGGAUGCCAACUGGCGCCGUUGAUCCCAACACCAAGGAGCCACAAUAUGUGUCGAGCAGUGUUGAUCCCAAGACCGGCUAUGUCAUUACCAUCUAUGGUUAUCUCAAUCCCAAGACGAAUGAAAUCAAGAAACAAACCAAAUUGGAUCCCAAUACCACGAAAAUUGAACCCACCUCCGGAAAGAUUUACACCGCCACCGGUGAUGUUGAUGCCGCCACUGGUGAACCCCUCUAUGCUGCCACCCAGGUUGAUCCCGAAUCCGGUGAAGUCUACACCAAAUUGGCCCGAGUUGAUCCUAAGACUGGCAAAAUUGUUAUUGUUCGCAUUUUGCUUAUCUCUAAGGUCGAUGAGCGAGGCCGUCCCGAGGAGAUUGAUCCAGAGACAUGUGAAAUUGAUCCGGUUUCCGGACGUGUCCUUAAAUUCUUUAACAAAACCGUUUAUGUUUAUAAUAUGAUUGAUCCCGUUACUGGUGAAAUUGUACAGGUUGACCCGAAUGAUCCACGAUUUGCUGGUGCUCGUACUACCGUCACCCACACCAUGACCUUGACUGGGGAGAUUGAUCCCGUCACUGGACGCAUUAAAAGUGAAUAUGGCCACAUUGAUCCCAAUACUGGAGACAUUGAUCCUGCCACAGCCAUCAAGGACCCGGUGACCGGAAAAUUGAUUUUGAACUAUGCCCAAAUUGAUCCAUCCCACUUUGGCAAACAGGCUCAAGUUAGUACAACCACCGAAACUGUGCCCAUUACCCGGGAACAAUUCUUUGAUGGUGUCAAGCACAUGGGUAAGAAUGCCUUGCGUCGUGAUUCGGAGGCCAGCUCGGAAGAUGAUAUGACUGGAAAAUAUGAAUCGGAAAUUGUGAAAGAUGUUGUCAUGUCCUCGAGUCCAAAGAAGAGUGCAACCUAUAAUUUGGGCAAACAUGUCAGUACCCCGACGGUGGUGAAGACAACCACAAAACAGGUGUUGACGAAAAACGAUGAUGGUGUAACGCAUAAUGUGGAGGAAGAGGUGCGCAAUUUGGGUACCGGCGAGGUGACAUACUCUACACAGGAACACAAGGCUGAUGCCCCAGCUGUUGAUUUGACAAGUGGUGCUUAUGUUACCGCCACUGCGGUAACAACACGUACUGCCACCACCCACGAAGAUUUGGGCAAAAAAGCCAAGACCGAACAAUUGGAAGAGAAGACCGUGGCCACGACACGAACCCACGAUCCCAAUAAACAAGAACAACGAGUGGUUACCCAGGAAGUAAAGACAACAGCUACAGUGACAAGUGGAGAUCAGUAUCCCAGACGUGAUAGUAUUUCCUCGACAAGUUCAGGCGAUUCGGGUACACCCAUUGAUGGUCCCGAUGAUGGAUCUACGGCAAUUCACAGUACCACAGUAUAUAAGGAAUCUCCAUUGUAUAAAACAUCCGCCUUUAACAAUGCCACCGCUACCACCACCACCAGCCCUCACAUUGAACAGACCCGCGUCAUUUUAGGUGAAAACUCUCCCGGCUAUGGCGGCGAAGGUGAAAUUGUCUCCACCCAAACUGUGAGCAGCAAAACGCGCACCGUCGAAACGAUAACAUACAAAACCGAACGAGAUGGCAUUGUCGAGACCCGAGUGGAACAAAAGAUCACCAUACAAUCCGAUGGUGAUCCAAUCGAUCAUGACAGAGCCUUAGCUGAAGCAAUUCAAGAGGCCACAGCUAUGAAUCCCGACAUGACAGUGGAGAAAAUUGAAAUCCAACAACAAACCCAAUAGAAAUAGUAACACAAUCGUAGAAAUUUUAGAAUAGAUGGAAACAAAUGCUUUUUAUAUAAUUAUAAUAAUGAUGAUGA